AUGAAAAAUCUUCAUAAUGAAAAUAGUGGUUUAUUCCAAUCAUGUUUAGAGAAUAUAGAAGACUAUUUUGUACUUGAUUUAACCAAGUUGGCUUCAAAUGGUUACUUUACCGAUUUAGUAGAAUGUCUUGGGGAUAAACUGAAAUUCUUAUGCUUGACUUUACCACCUAAAGGUUUGAAUGUUUCAAAUGAGGAUAUUAUUGUAAGUACUCCUAUUGGAAUGUUUAGUUCAAACCAGCUAAGGAAGUUGGCAUUCAUUGUGGAAAAUCUUGUUAUUUUAGAAGAAUUGAAGUUUUUCAAAUUUUUUGAUUUUUUUGUUUCGUUCUCAAAUAAAGAUCCAACAAAAAAAGAAUAUUUUUUAUUAGAUUUGACUAAAAGUUACGGAUUCAAGUCAGAUUUGCAGGAACCAAAUAUUUUAAUCGAAACUAUAUAUCAAAAAAAUUUAGACAAUUUAGAGUUAAGUGAGGCGUUAAAACCACUAAUUCACGGUACUAUUAAAAAAAAAAUAAAUGUUAUGCAAGGUUUGUUAGAUCAUUUUACUAAAAAUACUAAUUUAUUAAUUGACCAAGUUAUGGAUAAAUUUGAUGAAAAAUCAAUUAAUUUGAAUAAAAGACUAGAGACUGCACAAAACAAAAUAUUGUUACAAGAAGCAAAGGUAAAUCGUCUGAAUGAAAUAGCCUGGAAAAUUAUUAAACAAUUUGGUGAAAUGAAAGAAUUGGACUUUUCUGAAUGUGAGACGAUUUUUUGUAUCGAUAAAGGCGAGGAACAAUCUGAAGGAAAACUCAAUAGAGAAAUACUAACACUCCAAGAAGCACUUCAAAUAAGAAAAUCACAUGGUGGGGAGGGCCUACCCGAAGAUUUUGAAUCGCCUGAAAAAUUAUUGCAGUUUGGAAGAAUUGAAGGAGGGGCUCCAAAUAACAUUGUAGAUGAAAUUGGUUUAUGGGAAAAAGAAGUCAUUUCGAGAAACCUUCAAAAUGGCAUUUGGGAUCCAAUAAAAAACGAUGCAGACUUAAACCAUAUGCACCUCCGAAAGAUUGACUGGAUACAAAACGAUGUCGUGCAUCCUGCAUUUAGAGAACUAAUACAAUUAAGGACAAGUGGCAAGUUAAAAGAUGAAAUAAAAAAUAAGAUAGAAAUGAAUACAGAAAAUAAAAUAUAUGAUCCAAUUUCUGAAUAUACAAUUAAUAAGCUAAAUAGAAUAGACAAUAUAAAAGCUGGAAAUAUUAAUCAUUCACCAACUGUAUUUAGUUACUUAGGAAGGCCAAUUCCAAAGUUGUCUCAUCAAGAAAUGCCGUAUAUUCCAAAACAGAAAAUAAUUGAAAGUAUACAGCAUUCCAUGAAUACAGAGGUGUCAAAGAAUAAUAAAUGGAAGAGUUACGGAAGACCAAUAGUAAAAAGGGAGAUGAAAUUAAAGACUUCUGAAGGAUUAAAAAUUGAGCCGUUAAAUGCAAAAUUGAGUAACUUUGAUAUUUCGAGUAAAGAUGUUUAUAAUAUACUGCUUUAG